UGUAAACAAAUCACGUUCUAAUUAAAACCCAUUUCUUUGAAGUUAAUUCAUGAAUGGUUACUAUGUACGUAGCUCUGUUUACAGCCGGCCCUUGAUCGAGUGUCUAACUAUUAUGUCUUCUAGUGAUGAUGAUGAUCUACGAUCCUACCUCAAGGAGACUAAAGAUCACGGCUCUAGAAGUCAAGAAAUCGACUGGUCAAAAUUGUUAGAGUCAGCAGAAGUGGAUCAUGAGAUGAACAAAGCUCUGUAUGAUAUUGAAAACGAUAAAUCCUCUAACCUUGAUCUAUUCUUGAAGACACCAGUUAGGAGUACUGCCACACAACGGGCCAAAUCUGGUCAAGAAGUACGAAAACUAUCAGCUAAUAGAAGAUCGUUCAGUGCUGACCCAAACCUCCAUGCUGUGUCUGAGUUACACCUCAGUGAACUGUCAGAGGUAACCUCUAGUAGCGUCAGUGACCUCUCACCUCUGAGUGCAGCAGCCGUACCUCAACCAGACACAGAAGAUGUUUCAGAAGCGAGUGAUUUUAUUGGGAAUAUAAGAAAUGUCAGUGAUUUAAGCGUAUCAAUUUCAGACCGAGUCGAAAAACAAGUAAAAGUUGCACCUCGAAAAUCCACCAAGUCAAUAAACUCUUCAUUUGUACGCAAUGACAAAGAUGACUCUUCUGAUCUACAGCUGAGUGAGGAGCUAUCAACUUCAAUUUCCCUCUCAGAGCACAUCAGGCAAAACAUAUUUUCCAUCGACCAACUGGAGACCCCUUAUCAAAGUGAUGGUGACCACACCCCCUCCGAGUCAAUAGAAGGAAUGAAUGUACAUACUGUUGAUGAACUGGGUCGCGUUGAAGAAGCAGUUGACAAUUAUCAUCCGACCUCCCCCGAGCAGAAACUGUCUAUUGUUGAAGAUGAGUACACGUACAGUGUAGAUGAAGACUUUGACUCCCUCACAAAUACUAGAGACACUCACACAAAGAACAGUCACACAAAGAGCACUAUCAGUCACGCUACUACUACGAGCAGAAAAACUAGUAGUAGUAGUCAGGGGGUGGUGUCUGAGGGGGCGGGGUCAGGAGACGAGGGGACAGAGUACCAGUACACAAGCUUCAGUGAUGAGGGGAUGACAGAUGCAGACAGGAGUGAGACCAGCUAUUCCCAAUCAGCAGUUGACCUCUCACCCUCCAAAGAUAAACAACCCCCCACUAAGACUAAGACUAAACAAUGCCGUCAUAACAAUCAACAAGACGCCUCGGUACAGACUGCCUCGUACCCUACAACAUUUGAUCUCCCCGACCACCCUCUGCCCACUCCUAUUCUUCCCUAUGUACUACCAGCUGCAAAACUUGAAGCUCUCUCCUCAUUCUCUCCCGCUUCCAUUGCAUUGACUGACCUGAUACGAAGCCAGCUGUCACUGAUACGAUUCUCCAUGGACACCACCCAACGUCAGGUGGACAAUAUCUAUGCGAGCACCCAGUCUGGACACCACUAUACCACACUGGAAGAAACAAAAGCAUACAUUGAGAGAAACAAGCCGAAAAUUCUGACAAUGAAAGAAGCAAAGAACAUUAUAGGACACAAACACAAAAUUAAUAGCUAACUAAGAAUUUGUUUUUAUGCUCUUAGAAAAGCUUACAUGUAUACAGACAUCACUAAAAAGUACUAUUUUUGUGCAUUAUUUUUCUUUCUGUUGGAGAUCAUCAAAAACUUGCACCUC